AUGCUGAGCGUGUAUCGUUUAUUCUUUUACUGCACGUUGGUAAUCAAGAUCAUGAUGAACCUGGAAUCAAUCCUGGAGGGCGAUGGGGACGAAGAGAUGUGCGUGGAUGCGAUUGAAGAAUUGAAUUGUUAUUUAUUACUACCUCCGUUUCUCAAAACAAUUCCCCUUUUGACUUAGGGGAAGAAUAAGGAAGUGUUAAAUUGUAGUUGACUUUCCAAUUUUGCCCUUGAUGUGAUGGUUUAGUUGUUAGUGAAAAAGUAUGAUGUAAUAGGUAGGGUAUGAAAAAGUAGGGGUAAAAGUGGUUUCCCCUCCAUCAAUGAAAUCCUUAAACCAUUCCUCACCCAUUCGUCAAUGCCUGCACAGACUCCAUUACAGGACCGCCUUCUUUUCUUCUUCUUUGUCUUCUUCACGGCCACCUCCUCAACACCCAUUCUUGAGUACGGAUUGCUCAAUUUCCACGGAGGAAGUUGGCGAGGUUCCCCACCCAUUCUCGUCCGAGAAGAGCGACUCUCAAGUGUCGCAGGGAGAAACCACCAAUACUUUUAGGGAUCCAUGUAACUCAUCAAGCCAACCUAGUUCUGAAAAUAGUGAAACCCGUUUGGUAGAAAUCCUCCUGGGCCACAGGGACGACCCUGAAUCUGCGUUUAAGCAUUUUAAACAUGGUCUGGAGCAGGUGGAUUUUCAGCGGGGGAGCGGGGUGCCUCUCUAUGUUUUGCUUCAUAUUUUGGUAUGUUCCUCUGAGCACCAGCAUAUGGCUAGGAGUUUGAUUUUAAAACACGUUCUUGAGGAUUCUGGCCCGACUCGUCUUGUAUUUGAUAGCCUUGCUGACUGUGCCAAGAGAUUCAGUUUUGAGUUGAGUCCUGUUGUUUUCAAUGGUUUGCUCUAUAGCUUAUCUAAAGCUCGUCGUCUGUUAGAUGCUAUUGAUUGCUUUAAGGGUAUGUUGGAUCAUGAUAUAUUGAUCCAGCCCUUCCUUAUUGGUAAAGUCUUAAAGAUGUUAGUCCGGAAUAAAAUGAUCCGGGAAGCUAAAGCUCUGUUAAGUGAUGCUGUCUGUAGAGGGAUUGCAUAUGGUACUUUUACAGUACGUUUAAUGAUGCUUGCUUGUGUAAAAGAAGGCGAUGCCGAGCUUGCUGAGAGGUACUUUUUAGAGUCCAAGGCUAGUGGAAUUACGCAUAAUGAAGCAACAUACAGUGUUGCUGUACACACUGCUUGUAGAUUGGGAAAAGCGAAUACUGCCAUUGCAUUGCUGAAUGAGAUGAAGGAGAAGAGUUGGGUUCCUUCCGAGGGAACAUACACAAAUGUAAUUUGUGCUUGUGUGAAGCAAAUGAAUAUGGUUGAUGCAUUAAGGAUUAAAGAUGAGAUGGUUAGUUGUGGCCGAUCAGUAGGAUUGGUGGUUAUGACAAGCUUAAUGAAGGGAUAUUGUGUGCAGGGUGAUGUAAGCAGUGCUUUGGGUUUGCUUGAUCAUGUUGUUGAGGGUGGAUUAAGUCCAAACAAGGCCACUUAUGCAGUUCUGAUCGAAGGCUGCUGUAAUAAGGGACAUAUUGAAAAGGCACUAGAAUUACACACUCAAAUGAAACUUGCUGGCAUUCAGCCAUCCGUGUAUACCGAGAAUUCUUUACUUAGAGGGUUCCUCAAAGCUAACUUAUUGGAUGAAGCAACUAAACAGUUUGAGCAAGUGGUUGCCACUGAUGUUGCCAAUGCCUUCACAUACAAUGCAAUGUUGUCGUGGUAUUGCAAAAAGGGCAAGACAAAAUAAGCAGAAGGUUUAUGGGACAAGAUGGUGAACAAGGGAGUUGUGCCCACUAUAGUCUCAUAUAACAACAUGAUCCUUCUCAACUGCAGAAGUGGAAAUAUGGACAAAGCAUCAACUUUAUAUUCCGAGCUGAAAAAUCACAAUACAAAGGCUAAUGAAGUCACAUAUACCAUUUUAAUUGAUGGGCAUUUCUGUAGAGGUGAUACCGAUCAAGCACUGGAAACAUUUGACAAAAUGCUUGCUUCAGGGAUUGCUCCAACAGACUACACACUCAACUCCAUCAUAAAUGGUUUGUGUAAAGUCGGGAGAACAUGUGAGGCAAAGACUAGGCUUAAUAUGUUCACAGAGAAGGGUCUAGACCCGAGCUGCAUGGCGUACAACGCUGUUAUUAAUGGUUUUCUAAAAGAAGGGUCAGUUGAUUCAGCUAUAGCUGCUUAUACAGAGAUGUGUGAACAUGCGAUUUCCCCAAGUGUUGUCACAUAUACCUGUUUAAUUAAUGGAUUGUGCGAACACAAUAACAUUGAUCUAGCUGUUAAACUGUUGAAUGAAAUGAGGGCCAAAGGUGUUGAAUUGGAUAUUGUUACAUACGGUGUCCUUAUUGAUGUCUUUUGUAAAAGAAGAGACAUGAAAAAUGCAAUGGAACUCUUUGAAGAACUGCUUGGAGUCGGUCUAUCGCCCAACAUAGUUCUGUAUAACAGCAUGAUUAGUGGGUAUAGAAAUGUUAACAAUAUGAAAGGUGCACUAGCCGUGUACGAACGGAUUAUAAAGGAGGGAAUCCCAUGUGAUUUGGAGACAUACACUACCUUGAUUGAUGGGCUGCUAAAGGAUGGGCAAAUAGUUCUUGCAUCCAAUCUCUACACAGAAAUGCUUUCGAAGGGUAUAACACCUGACGAAAUUACAUACACUGUGCUGGUACAGGGUCUUAGCAAUAAAAAGCAGGUGAAGAAUGCUCAGAAGGUAUUUGAUGAUAUGCGGAAAAACAAGGUGACUCCUAAUGUUCUUAUUUACAACACACUAAUUGCUGCAUACUUCAAGGAGGGGGAUAUUCAAGAAGCCUUUAGGUUGCAUGAUGAGAUGCUUGAUCAAGGUCUAGUACCUGAUGAUAUGACAUAUGAUAUUCUUGUUAGAGGAACACCAGAACGUAGCUCAGUCAAUGAUUGACACUUUAUGUAUUUGAUAGACAAAAAAUAUGGCACAUAGCC